AUGACUGGUUUUCGCCUAGAACACUUUCCAAAUGUGUGUCACAUAUGUUUACAGUAUAAUCCGGAGAUUUUCUUGAUUGCUUUGGAUACGAUUGAUCCUAGUCAUGGGUUCGAACUGAGGGAUGUGGUAAAUGAGUUAAUGUUCCCGAUUUCACCGGAGUUACAACAUCUUACACCGGGCGGUAUUUGUGAAUCAUGCUACAAAGAGCUGAGCGAAUUUAUUGUCUACCGCAAUCGUUUGAAACUGAUCGGGAAGUUUGUGUUUAGCCUAGCGUUAUUACAAAAAGGACAAACAGACCAGCUGGAGGAACUCUUGGACGAGCGUCAUGCAGAACUGUUAAUGGUACUGCGUGAUCUUAAAGUUACUGAUAAACAUCAGCUUGUCGUUCAAGAUUUGUUGGAUGAAUUCACCGAUUGCAAGGUCAAACAGGAGUUGAAGCAGGAAGAUACUUGCAUUCCAGACAGCUUGUCAUUAGAAGCGAAAGAAUUUUUUGCUGUAAAAACGGAUCGAAUUACGAAGGAGUUAAGCAAUGAAAGCGAAAAAUCAGGGUGGGAGUUCAAACCCGAUUUCGAGCAGAUUAAGCUGCCUGCGUUGGAGCAGAAUGAUCAGAAAAUUACUAAAACGAAAUCACCGUUAUGCUGUAAUCGACAGAGCAAGCAAGCAGUACUGCCAUGCCAGUGCCAGCAAUGUUCAUCAGCAUCGUUACGUUCAAACGCAUUUCCGCCACACAAGAAAAACCACCAGAGGGAGAAACGUAAAGUCCACAUCUGUAAGCGAUGCGAUGAAGAAUUUAGCACCAAGCAAGAUCUCAUGCAGCACAAACGGUUCUCGCACCGGGACCAUAUGUGCGAUACUUGUGGAUUGGCUUUCGAUACAAAGUUCGUGUUGGAAAACCAUCGCAAACGGCACGCAACGGAGCGCCAGUACAAGUGUGAAUAUUGUCCGCUGGAGUAUUACACGAAGGCGGAAAAGCUUCUGCACGUACGGCGGUUGCAUCUGAACGCGUUCGAGGUAAGCUGCCCGGAAUGUGCACUAAUGUUCCGAACGAAACAGACGCUGGCACAGCACAUGAAGACACACACCAACCAGCGCACCCAUACCUGCAACACGUGUGGGUUUAGCUUUAAAUCGCACACGCAUCUGAACCGACACACCAAGGAACUGCAUGAGGGUGUGCAGUAUCGAUGCGAGCAUUGCGACACGACGUACCGGCGUAAGGACAAGCUUCGUAUGCAUGUGGAGAAGAUGCACAACAUACAAACGUAUUUUGUCUGUGAUAUCUGUUUGCAAUCGUACGAUUCGGAUGCAAAACUGCAAGAACACAAAGCACACCACCGAGCCCCGAGCGGCCUACAGUGUGGAGUGUGUCUAGGGGCAUACGUGACGAAAGAGGAGCUAGCCAACCAUCUAUGCAUUACAUAUCGAGAAAGCUACGUUUGCUGCAACCGUGACUUCAAGUAUCACUAUUUUUACAACAAACACAUGUUUCUGGUGCACGGUGAGCAGACAAAUGUGCGCGUCAAACCCAUCGAUGGCGUACUGCUGGGCCAGUAUCGUGCAAAGCGGAAACAAGCAGAACGAUGUCCUAAAUGUGAACAAGAGUUUGCUACGCGCCAACAGAAGAAAAAUCACAUGAAACAAUGUGGUCAGAUGCAGUACGAUAAUUCGAGUCAUGUCGCUGGUCACGAAGAAGAGCUGUUUCUUACGAUGAAUACAGUCAGUAUCGUGUUAUAA